UUCUAAUUUUGGAUACCUUCCUUGGUACCGUAGUUCUAUUCCUGUUGAAGGAAUAAUAGGAUUUCCCUGACAGUCAUCGAAUGCCCUCUCUCUCUCUCCCUCCGAACUUCCCCAAGCGUCUGAUCAAACCCAUCCUAAAUACCCAAGAUAACAAUGCCCACGGCCAACGCACCAUUCUCUCUUCUCCUCCUCACCUUCCUCCUGAUCACCACCCCACUACCCUCAACUUCCCUCCCCUUCGCCCAAUACCAAACCCUCCUCUCUCUCUCCCACUCUCUCACAACCCGCGUCGCCACCCUACGCGCCUCCCGCGGCGACGUCGAAGGGUCUGUCCGUGCCAGGAAAGUGGCCCAACAGCUGGAGCGUGGGCUGGGGCUCGGCUUCUACGGUCUUAUAUGGACCAUGGGCUGGGACUAUCUGAAGAACUACGCGUGGAGAGACGCUACGACGUCGUUUGAGAUGCUCAGUUCUUUGCCGGACUUGAACGAGUUGAUGAGAGCGGUGAAUGAGUUGACUCGGUUGGAGUCGCAGAUGGAGAGGGUGGCCUGGCUCCAGCGAAAUUACAAGGAUGCCCUUAGGGUGUCUAAGUCGCUGUUUGGAAGGCUUCUCAAAGUGUUUAGUCAAUCGGGACCAUUGCGAGGAGUGGUGGAGGCGAUGCAGAGAGAAGUGGUGGAGGGUGACUUGCUACGGGACUUCCUUGAAGUGGGAAGUAAUGACUUGAAGGGUUUGAUUCAAAUCUACAAAAACAUUGCUUUGCAAUUCUCCCCAACUGCUGCCAGGACUGAUUUAUGAAUGAGAGAGAAACACAAACGGUUAAUUACAUUAUGUUCCCUGAAACUCUUGCACUAGUUUUAGUUUAUCCCUGCUGUUAUUGGUUUCCUCACAUUGUUGUGAAACCAAAUAGCCUAACUAG